CCAGCUGAGCAUCCAGCUCAUACUCCCAGUUCAAACAUCGUUUCGAGGCACUAAGCCGAUCAGAAAGGCCGCCGUCUCCGGCACAAGCAGAGGUGGCAGUUAAGUGCACCAUGUGUCAUUCCAAGCGGCUGGCGAAAGUCGCCAUGCCCAUGCUUAUACUAUUGCCGUUGCUGCUGCUGUGCUAUGGAGUUGGAAACAUCCAUUGCUCAACCGUUCAUGAUAACAGCGGAGAUCUGAAGGCACUCCUCGAUUUCAGGCAGGGCAUUCCCAGCGAUCCAUAUGGAGCCAUGAGCAAUUGGACCAUGAACUCCCACUUCUGUCGGUGGAAUGGUAUCACGUGCACCUUGACACGACGACAAUGGCGUGUCCUGUCGCUCGCCCUCCCAGACAAAAAUUUAGCUGGAAAAAUCAGCUCCUCUCUCUGCAACCUCACCUUCCUUGUUUAUCUUGACCUCUCCUCUAAUAACUUCGUGAGUCCCUUACCAGACGCACUUACAAAUUGCUCCAACUUAAACUACUUAGAUUUAUCAUCAAACUUACUGGUGGGUACAAUUCCUCCAAAAUUAGGCCUGCUGUCACAUCUAAACUUUCUCGAUUUGCGUUCAAAUCACUUCGAGGGAAGCAUUCCUGGUGAGCUUGGCCAAUUGGUGAAUUUACGAAGCUUGCUCCUAGGAGAAAAUAGUUUGUCAGGUGAAAUCCCACAUGCCAUCUUUAAUAAUCUUUCUUCUCUACGAUAUCUAUAUCUGUAUUCCAAUUCCCUAGGCAAGGCAUUGCCAUCUAACAUAGGAGAACUUUUCCCUAAUCUCAUAGAGCUUGCCUUGGAAAACAACAUGUUUGAAGGUCCCAUCCCAGCUUCCCUAGGGAAUAGUAGGCUACGAGUAAUAGAUUUAUCACAUAACAAUUUCACAGGGAAAAUUCCUACUUCAUUCGGAAAACUUUCAAAUUUGACUUUUCUAAGUCUUCAGUAUAAUCAUCUUGUAGCAAGGGACGAUCAAGACUGGAAAUUUUUAAAUACAUUAAAAAAUUGUAGAUAUCUAAAUACACUCUCACUCAAUAACAAUAAGCUGCAAGGAUCUAUACCGCAGUCAGUCGGUAAUCUAUCGACAAGCCUUCAGUAUCUUUUCCUAGGCGGGAAUAGCUUGUCAGGACAAGUUCCGCAGAGCAUAGGGAAACUUAGUGGCUUAACUAGACUGGGACUGGGUGAAAACUAUCUUAGUGGUACAAUUGAAGGAUGGAUUGAAAACUUAAAAAACCUACAAAGUAUACGUCUACAAUCCAACAACUUCACUGGGCCAAUCCCAUCCUCUAUUAGCAACCUUACUCAGUUGGAGUACCUCUACCUAUAUGAAAACAACUUCACUGGGCUAAUCCCAUCCUCUAUUAGCAAUCUUACUCAGUUGGAAUACCUCUACCUAUAUGAAAAUAAAUUUGAGGGUCCCUUACCAGUCAGCUUGGGAAAUCUUUCACAUCUCAUAAAGUUGGACCUUAGCUAUAACAAUCUUCAUGGGCCCGUACCAUCGAACUUUGGAAACCUUCAACAACUCAUAUUGUUAGACCUUAGCGACAACAAUCUACAGGGUGGCAUAACUCUGGCAACAUAACUCUAGUUUCUACCAAAACAUAAAUAUAGCUCAACUGUCCACAUUUUUAUCAACUACAUUUAGUGGAGGAUUCUAAGACACUUUUGGCCAGUGGUAGUUCUUCGGAACACGAAACCCUACAUAUGCAAAGUACAUCACGGGAAAUUUUCUUGAUGAUGACGUGAAUGUUCAUUUGGGAGACUUUGGCAUUGCAACUAUCAUUGUUGAUUCCAGAUCAAUAGCAGUUGGACAUUCAGGCUGUAGCAGUUCACUCGCUGGGUAGCGGAACUAAUGCUGUAUGUCCUCAAGAAAACUUUUCAAACGUUUUGGCAUCUCUGCCCUUUACAACUUGAUGAUACUGUUUGACACGACGACGGAGAUACAAACAACGAGUGGAGGCAACGCAGAACACACGUGAGAGACUUUCCCCGGAUACCAAGUUAAGAAAAGUAUUGGUUGUUUUUCUCCAGCGUCGGCCAGUGGCAGUCGGUGACCCCGGUGUCGCACCUCACGUCAGAUGCGCCGCCCUGACGCAUGCCUGACCAUGUUGCUCUGCUCAGAAUUCCUUCAUCUUUAUUACCUAACCUCCUCCCUAAUCUUGUUCUUCUUGAGCAAUAAUCGGUGCACGUGUUGCGAAACGGGUUCUCACGUGGGGGAGGAUAGAUCUGGGUCUUCUCUUGAUCUGCAGCUAAAAAGAAUUGAUCUGGAAGCGAUUGUUGGUCCUUCACAUUCUGUCGAGUUAUAUGUGCCGUUUGUUUUGGGUCCCAUCAGGUAGCUUUUUUUAAUCUUUUAAUGUACAGUUUGUUGUCGCUUUGAAAAAAUUGGGAUCGAACCACUAGUCGAAUUAGCGGCUACACCAUCCGUUCCUUUCAAGGAUCGCUCUCCGUUUAAAAAUUGAGUUGUUGAGUUGUAGGCUGUAGCUCUUGUAACGUAGCCACAUCAUUUUUCUUGUAACGUGGCUGCACCGCUGCAGUAAGAAUACGAAGAAAAGCCAAAUUUGUUUUUCC